ACAUCUCCCAGAACAGGCCCGACGGGUCUGAGCGCAGCUGGCUGGGUGGCGACGAAAUGGGCACCGGGCACCACCCCGCUGCCGCUCCUUCCCUCCCCCUUCCUCCUGCCCCUUCUCCCCUUUCCGACCCCCUUAACCUGACCCCAGACCCAGCCACUGCCCAGAGGAGGCCCCAGCAAGCUGGGAGUCAAGCACCUCCUUGCCCGGGGCAGCCCCCAAACUCAUCCCUUCCUUGGUCUGAUCAGGCUCUGGUACUUGGGGCCGGAGUUGCUUCACCCGCUGGACCGAUAGUCCCUUCUGGGCCUCCUCGCCGGUGCCCUGAAAGCUGAGGCUGUGUUGAGGUGAUAGGUGCUAGUCGGGAAGGGUGGGGUAAUCCUGAUGCCGCGACCAAAGGGCUCCUUGUCCCUUGGGUGGCCCGGCUCCGGCCUCCUCCUGGCCUGGCCUGCUUAAGCCCUGCCCCCUUUGGGCCUCCCUUUCCCGCCCAUCCACAGCCCCCAACCCAACUGCUCCAGCCCCUCCCCUCCAACUCCCAAAUUCCUCCUGAGGGGGUAGUUUAUGGAGUCAGGGCAUUAGGAGGUGCAGAUCCAGAGGCAGCCUGUAAUUCUCUGGGGAGGGUGUGGUGCCCUAGGGCCCCGCUUUCCUGGCUCUCUCAUCCCCUGCAGUGGGCCUGUUAGCUGCCUGGCUCCCCACAGUUUCCCUGCUGGGGGAUCAGUCAACGUGAAGAGGCGGCAGCAGCCUGGAGCCGGGCCCCAGCGAUACCACUGGAGAAAUCCACUGGAGUUUCUGGUUACACUGAGCGGAGGAGGGAGCCAGGCAGGGGAGGGGCCCAGUAGUACUGCGGGGGAGGGGGAGGGAGGGGAAGCGAGGGGGCAAGAGGCCGGCAUCGUAUUGCCCAGGCAGAGGUAUUGCGGGCCACUGGCAGGGACAGGUCCUGGGCCCCAUCCCCUCACCCGUUGCUACUCAGCAGAACCUCCUGUGGCUCUGGGGCUUUGCUCCUUGGGGCCUCAGGGAUGGAGCCACUGCUGGGGGUGAAGAUCGGCUGCUCGUUGGCGCUGUUGACCCUCACCCUGCUCUGCGGCCUCAUCCCCAUACGCUGCAAGUGGUUCCAGAUUCAUGCGGCCUCAGGGCGGCAGCGGCGGGUCCUGAGCCUGCUGGGCUGUGCGGCAGCAGGUGUGUUCCUGGGCGCUGGGCUCAUGCACAUGGCAGCUGAGGCCCUGGAAGGGAUUGAAAUGGAGAUCGAGAGCUACAGGCUGCAGGUUGACUAUUCCCAGAACGGGACGGACGUCGGGGGGAGUUCUUCCAGCACCGCCGACCCUGCUGAGGUGCGCUACCCAUUCGGGGAGCUGGUCAUUUCACUGGGCUUCUUCCUGGUCUUCUUGUUGGAGUCGCUGGCCCUGCAGUGCUGCCCCAGAGGGGCUGCAGCCCCGGAGGGGAUCUGGGGGAACCCCGAAGCCCCGAGCCCCUGCGGCCACGGUCCCCUGCCCGCCCCUGCCCGAGGGUCCCUGCGGGCCCUAGUGCUGCUGCUGUCGCUGUCGCUGCACUCGCUGUUCGAGGGGCUGGCAGUGGGGCUUCAGCCCACCGUGCUCACCACCUUGCAGCUGUGCCUGGCGGUGCUGGCACACAAGGGGCUGGUGGUGUUCGGGGUGGCGCUGCGGCUGGCGCGGGAGGGCACGGGCCCUCGCUGGGCCCUGCUCUGCGUGCUGCUGCUGGCCCUCAUGACCCCACUGGGCCUGGCGCUGGGGCUAGCCGUGGCCGGGGGCGCUCUCGGGGGGACUCGGAUGCUGACCCAGGCUGUGCUGGAGGGCGUGGCGGCGGGCACUUUCCUGUACGUCACCUUCCUGGAGAUUCUGCCCCAGGCUCUGGCCUCCCCCGAGCCCGCCCUCGCCAAGUGGGGCUGUGUGGCAGGUGGCUUCGCCUUCAUGGCUAUCGUUGCCGUAUGGGCUUGAGGUGGCGCCCGCCAGUCCCCAGCCCAGACCAGGAGCCUCCUGCCCCGGCCCAGCUCCGGAGUCAAGGACGAGACACUCUGGGAGGGGGCAGGUGGGAGGGACUGUCUUUUCCCCCUGGAGCUGGGGCCCCUCUCCUACACCCCUCCCCUAGCUGCGUCUGUUAUAAUAAACUCCGAUGGCCAGUC